AACGCUUUAUGCGCGCACGAACCUCGCAAGACAUAUUUCGUAUUGCUAGUUCUUCGUGAAUCUGUCGACCCUUCAUUACCGGUAACGAGUACCAUUGUAUCGCGUCAUUUCUGAAGGCAUGCGUUCUUGCACCAUCGGUUGGAUGUUUAGAGCGCAGCUUGUGAUUGAUGGACUUGCUUUGAAUCAGUGCAUGCCAAGGGUCAUACGCAUCACUAAAAACUGGCUAGUUGUUAAAGUCAUUGACAGGAUUAUGCAUGUCAGGGCAACUACGUUUGAAACCUAGGUACAUUUACUUGCUAUGUUACUAAGUUUUGCUGCAGUACUCAUAGCUAUUUCGUUAUACUAUCGUUUCCUGUCUUUUUUCGGUCGAGCCUCCAUGCCUCCUGGCUGAUUGGGCCUUACGAGCUGUAGAGCCUGUAACAGCUCACUCAUAGACGUCACAGUCAGGUGGCAGCUUACCAUAUGAAACAAGGCUUUUAAAUCUGUAACUAGCAUAUCAAAAUUGAGGUGUAUGCCCGUUCUGCCAUAACACAUGGAAGCCUGCUCAGAAUCGCCCAUGGGGCUGACCCCGGAUACCGAAUUGCACCGUGCCCUAUGCCCCCUCAACUGGACAAGGGGACCCUCGCAGCCAGUCGAUGGUCCUAUCACAAGGAAGAACGUGGAUGGCUGCCAGGUCCUGUACGUGCGCGCUGGAAGCGGCCAGCCUAAAACGUCCCCCGGCAUAUCGUUCUUUGACUUCUACUCUAAUGCUUCUAAGCAAGUCCAUGCUUACUUAGGGGUUGACAAGCAUACGUGUGGCACUACUACCCCAAAGACGUCAAUUCCCGACGGCCUUCGUUUUGUUUGUGAUGGCCCCACAGCGCUCCCCGUAAUCUCUGAAGACGGUGAGACUAGGAAGAUUGAGGUGGGGGUGCUUUGGUCGCUGUAUGCAGCCGAGGAAAUGGAGGCAGCGGAAUUUGAAAAGAAGUAUGCCGAGCUUUGCCCAACGUUUGCGACAUGCGAGCUUCCCAAGGGUGGAGCUGAGCAGCAGCCAUUUGAGGUUGACCUCGACUACUUACCGGGUGACCGGCUGACCCGCGUGGCGGUGUUGGCUCUCGAUGAGCUGGGCGAUAAGACCAACAACCCCAACACGAGAAUGUUCGCCAGGAUUUAUGCCGGACAUAUGCGGGCAGUGGACAUGGACUUCGGCGACAUGCUGCAGCAUCUGCCUAUGGCUUGGAUGGCAGCCCAGGCGCUGGAGGACUUUGGGACCAGCCACCCCAUGCUGUUUGCGGACGCCUACAACGCUCAGUGUGAGCUGUCAGAGCUCUUUAAUGACGAGGACUUCAAGCUGCGCAUGCCACAACGCAUCGGGGACGUUGCUUGAGGACACAGAGCCAAUUGUGUCCUCGUCAGCUUCACUGGAGGGUGGAAGCAGUUCAGGUGAUUGCCUACUCUGUUUGCUGCUGCCGUACUAUAAUGCACAUGAUAUCCAAAUGUUUGCCAAGAUCAGCUGUACCGGGCAACAGUUCGGCCUGGGGAGCUGCAGCUGAUGUCGACCCACAUCCCCAACGUGACAGCAUAGGAAAGCGCUGAUGGGCUCGACGGACGGGGGUGGCAGGCGGGGCAGGGGCCAGGAAUGGA